CUUCCCUUAAAUGCACCAAGCUUUAUUAACCAAAACCUGCACUGUCUCUAGUACUUGCAUCUAAUGGAGGAAGAGAGAGAAUGAGAGAAAUAAGGGAAGAAUAAGAGGAGUAAGCAGCACCAAGGAGAGCCAGACUUGGCGCUUAGGCUUUUAUCGCUUAUUAUUAGGAACUGCGGCACUACCACGCUAUUCUCCUGGCGUUCGUGCUGCCUCUCAGACCCAUGGCUUGCAGGAAGGGAGAGCUUUUUCUUAAAAUCUUGCUGUUCCUCAGCAUAUUUGGAUCAACACAAGGUAGGGGGUUCCACAAGCGGAGGCAUCCACAUCUGGAGAGAGCAAGCAGGUUCUCCUCAACACCACCACAAGGGUAUGACUACAUCAUAGUUGGUGGGGGAACAGCAGGGUGCCCCUUGGCUGCCACCCUUUCUCAGAGAUACAAAGUUCUGCUGCUGGAGAGGGGAGGCUCCCCCUAUGGCAAUCGCAACAUCUCCUACUUGGAGAACUUCCACAUCUCUCUGGCUGACACCUCUCCCACUGCUCCUUCUCAACCAUUCAUCUCCACCGAUGGUGUCAUCAAUGCCCGAGCUAGAGUUUUAGGUGGGGCGACUUGCAUCAAUGCCGGCUUCUACACCAGAGCCAGCCCAAGCUACGUGAGGGAGGCAGGUUGGAACGGUGAGCUGGUGAAUGAGUCAUAUCCAUGGAUCGAAAAGAGGAUCGUUCACUGGCCCAAGAUCGCACCAUGGCAAGCCGCACUAAGGAAAGGGCUGCUGGAAGCUGGGGUGUCACCUUUCAAUGGCUACACCUACGACCAUCUGUAUGGGACUAAGGUUGGCGGCACCAUCUUCGACAAGCAUGGAUUCCGAAGCACUGCUGCUGAUCUGCUCGCCGCCGGACAUAGAAGGAAUCUCAGGGUCUUGCUUCAUGCCACAGUUCAGAAGAUUAUUUUCGAUACGCAAGGGCAGCAGCCCAAGGCAGUGGGAGUCCUCUUCAAGGAUGAGAACGGCAUGCAACACCAAGCAGUCCUCAAUGAUGGGGGGAGCAGUGAGAUUAUAUUGUCCGCUGGUACAAUUGGAAGCCCUCAGCUGCUGCUUCUGAGUGGAAUUGGACCCGAGGAAGAUCUCAGGAAGCUAAACAUUCCGGUGGUCCUCGACAACCAGUACGUCGGAAAAGGCAUGUCGGACAACCCAAUGAAUUCCAUUUUCAUACCCACCAAGAAGCCUAUGAAGCAGUCCCUGAUACAGACCGUCGGGAUCACGAAGGCCGGUUCGUUCAUCGAGGCCAGUAGCGGGUUCAGCGAGUCAUCGGACAGCAUCCAUCGCCACCAUGGGAUCAUGUCAGCUGAGAUUGGGCAGCUCUCCACCAUCCCUCCAAAGAAACGGACCCUGGAAGCAGCCAGGCAGUAUGCUAAGAACAAGGGGAGCCUCCCUCGGGAGGCAUUCCAAGGGGGCUUCAUACUGGAGAAGAUCGACGGCCCGCUCUCCACCGGCGAACUCAGCCUCGUCGACACAAAUGUGGACAGCAACCCCUCCAUCACCUUCAACUACUUCAGCCACCCGCACGACCUCCGGCGGUGCGUCUACGGGAUCAGGAUGAUCGAGAAGAUUGUGCAGACGAGGCAAUUUGCUAGCCUCUCUGAUGAUGACUGUGGCCACUCCAUGCAGAGGUUGCUGAACAUGAGCGUGAAGGCAAAUGUGAACUUGAUACCGAAGCACACCAAUGAUACCGCAUCCAUCGAGCAGUUCUGCAGGGAUACAGUGACCACAAUCUGGCACUACCAUGGCGGAUGCCAUCUGGGCAAGGUGGUGGACCGUGACUACCGGGUUCUCGGCAUCGCCGGCCUGCGGGUGAUCGAUAGCUCGAUAUUCUUUAACUCGCCGGGGACUAACCCUCAGGCAACUGUCAUGAUGCUCGGCAGAUACAUGGGAGUAAAGGUACUCAGGGAGAGGUUAAGGAGAGCAGGAGGAGUACUGUAGCUCUCUCUGUGACUGAUGUUGCGUUGAGAGAAAAAAGAAAAAAGAACGAAAAGAAUGUAUUGUACCAACUUUUACCAGUUUCAUCUCGAUGUAUUCAAAUAAAAAAACAAAAGUAGAGAAGAAAUGGAAAAUUCAUCCGUUCUAGCC